GGGUCGGGGGCGUCUGGCGUAGAGAGUUUGGGCAUCUACAGCAGCCAAAGGCUUUUCCUUGACUUUAUGUGGCUGCGGCCGGCGAGCGACUGGGUCGUCUGUGAGGAAAAAGAGGCGAGGCUUUUCCGAGAUCGUCUCAGCGAUGGCGCUUCGGUCGCGGUUUUGGGGGUUUUCGGUUAGCAGGAACCCUGGGUGCAGGUUCGCAGCCCUGUCAACCAGCUCCGAGCCGGCAGCGAAACCUGAAGUGGACCCUGUGGAAAAUGAAGCUGUCGCCCCAGAGUUCACCAACCGGAACCCCCGGAACCUGGAGCUUUUAUCUGUAGCCAGGAAAGAGCGGGGCUGGCGGACGGUGUGGCCCUCCCGUGAGUUCUGGCACAGGUUGCGAGUUAUAAGGACUCAGCAUCAUGUAGAAGCACUUGUGGAGCAUCAGAAUGGCAAGGUUGUGGUUUCGGCCUCCACUCGUGAGUGGGCUAUUAAAAAGCACCUUUAUAGUACCAGAAAUGUGGUGGCUUGUGAGAGUAUAGGACGAGUGCUGGCACAGAGAUGCUUAGAGGCGGGAAUCAACUUCAUGGUCUACCAACCAACCCCGUGGGAGGCAGCCUCAGACUCGAUGAAACGACUACAAAGUGCCAUGACAGAAGGUGGUGUGGUUCUACGGGAACCUCAGAGAAUCUAUGAAUAAAUGGAAGCAUUAGUUGUUUUGAACAUGUAAAUAUAAAACUGUCAGCCACUACAGCCGUCAAAAGAGAGCAUCUGGAAGAACAGCCAGCUUGGAAGUUUUACAGCAAUAAUGUUGCAGCGGAAUAUUAUUUGUAGUUAAGGUCAUCCUCCUCCUCUUUCUGUUUUUUUAAAUCAAGAACUACAUUCUGCCCCUCUCUUGGGCUUCAGAAGCAUCUAAGAAAAGCAGUCAUCAAUUAUAAUUAACUUUCAAAAGGCAAGUCAGAAGUUGUUUAUAAAUUACAAAAUAAAGGCAUAUUAUGAACUCUUA